UAGCAAAUAUCCCACCCAAAGGUCAACUAUAGCUUCUCAAAAAACCCCAUAUUUUCUCUCAAAUGUCUUCUUCUUCUUCACCAAAUGAUAUCAAUCUCAAUCAACCUCUGCUUCAAUCCCACUCUUCCCAAUCCAUCAAUGGAGGAGGAGGAGGAGGAAAACUCGAACACAGCAGCGACCAGCUGGAAACAAUAUUAACAGAAACCACCAAGCCAUUCUUCCAUCGUCUCCGACCCGCUUUAUGGAUUGAGUUCCGACUUCUCUUCCACCUCGCCGCACCUGCCGUCGUCGUUUACGUCAUCAAUUAUCUCAUGUCCAUGUCCACACAGAUCUUCUCCGGCCACCUCGGCAAUCUCGAAUACGCCGCGGCUUCGCUGGGCAACAAUGGCGUCCAAAUGUUCGCCUACGGUCUUAUGUUGGGAAUGGGAAGUGCGGUAGAGACGCUAUGUGGGCAAGCAUUUGGUGCUCAAAAGUACGACAUGCUAGGAAUAUAUCUGCAGAGAUCCACAAUCCUACUCACAAUCACAGGCGUAUUUCUAGCCAUAAUCUAUAUCUUAUCCGAGCCAAUUUUAAUCUUACUAGGCCAAUCCACAAGAAUCGCCUCGGCAGCUUCGCUUUUCAUCUACGGUUUAAUUCCUCAAAUAUUUGCCUACGCUGUAAAUUUCCCAAUCCAGAAAUUUAUGCAGGCUCAGAGCAUAGUGGCCCCAAGUGCAUACAUAUCAUCUGCUACGCUGGUUCUGCACCUGGUGUUGAGUUGGGUUGCCGUGUACAAGAUCGGGCUUGGGCUGUUUGGGGCGGCGUUUGUACUGAGCUUGUCGUGGUGGAUAAUUGUGGUGGCCCAGUUCGUUUACAUAGUGAAGAGCGAGCGGUGUAAACAGUCAUGGCGUGGUUUUAGUUGGCAAGCUUUUUCUGGGUUGUUGGAUUUCUUCAAGUUGUCUGUUGCUUCUGCUGUGAUGCUCUGCUUGGAGACUUGGUAUUUUCAGAUUGUGGUUCUUUUGGCUGGGUUGCUGGAAAACCCAGAAUUGGCUCUGGAUUCUCUCUCCGUUUGCACAAGUAUCUCUGGAUGGGUAUUCAUGGCAUCAAUUGGGUUCAAUGCAGCAGCCAGUGUGAGAGUUGGGAAUGAGCUUGGAGCCGGAAAUCCAAAAUCGGCGUCGUUUUCAGUGGUAGUGACGACUACACUAUCAACGGUGAUAUCCGUGAUAGCGGCGAUUGUGGUGAUGAUAUUGCGUGACGUCAUCAGCUAUGCGUUCACGGAAGGUGAAGCUGUGGCCGCGGCUGUAUCAGAUCUCUGCCCGCUUCUAGCUUUUUCUCUCAUCCUCAAUGGAAUUCAGCCAGUCCUCUCAGGGGUUGCUGUUGGGUGCGGAUGGCAAGCACUGGUAGCCUAUAUAAAUAUAGGCUGUUACUAUGCAGUUGGAGUACCGUUGGGUGUCAUUUUGGGAUUCUACUUCAAGUUGGGUGCCAAGGGGAUAUGGCUGGGGAUGACUGGAGGGACAUUGAUGCAAACACUGAUCUUGAUAUGGAUCACUUUUAGGACGGAUUGGAAUAAAGAGGUGCAAGAGGCGAAUAAAAGGUUGAACCGGUGGGAGGACAAGCCGAACCAAACAAUUUCUAAGGGUUGAGAGCCAACAUACUACUCCAACUUGUAAUUGUGAACCAGAACCACAACUGUUCUUCUCCUGUGCAUGUGGGCUGUGGUCUGUGGCCCUACGCCAUAAAAAUCCUCCUCUUCCUCCUCCGCCUCCUUUGGGUCCAAAAGAUUAAUCAAACUUCAAUAUAUCUUUUGGAAAUUAAUCCUUCUUUUCCAAAAUAAUUUAGAAAUCAAACAGGCACAUAUAUAUAUAUAUAUAUAUAUAUGCAAGAAAUAUUAAUAAUUGAUAUUUUCAGCUAAAAUAAAAUAUACUCAUAAUUGACUUUUUGUAAUCUCCCAGCAGUUAAUGCUAUUAAAAUUAUCAUGCAAAAGAAAAA